AUCAAAACCAACACUUAAUUAAAAAGAGAUAAUCCCACUAAUCCAUGAUCCCUGUACACCAAGACACAAUAGCCUGUUCACCUAGACGACCCGAAAGCACUAUUCAUUAUGCUCCCAUUGGUCGAUGGCCUGGGCUGGGCCUGCGUUCUCUUUCUUUGGCAUUUUCUGGGGAUAGUUGCCACCCUGCCGCUGUUGCGUGGUCGUUGGCCCACUUGAUGCUCUCCCUCUUGCUGCCUGCCUUUGUAUCGGGACUCGCGUCGGCCUCAGGUUGUGGCCCAUAUCCACGACUGACUCCCCCGUCGUCAUUCCUCACUGUUUCCCACUCCUUCCCUUUGGUUUGGUGAGCGACUGAUUUGAUUGCUCUCUCUCUCUCACUCACUCUCUUUCUUAUGCUCUGGACUCUGCAUCGUCGGCGCAUGAUUUGAUGUUUGCUCUUUUGCCUGCCCUCUAUUGCUGCGAGAUGCUUCGGGAGGACCGCCGCUGGCUGCGGGUUCCCUGCCAUUUGACGCGACGCACCGCUUCGACUCCACCACUACAUCAAAGGUCAGCCUUUUUCUUUUGCAGCUCUCGCUUGCAAAAAACUCUCUUUCUUUCAACCGCAACCCGCUUUUUUGUCGUCCCUGUUGCUCUUCUUCUGUUGAUUUCACCUGAAUCGCGAUGGAACAUACUCUGCUUUGCAAUCUCAGCGGCCCGCGGAAGGCAACUUCUGUCCUCCGGCUUCGGCUGCUUCAUGUGUGGCCUGCGAAAGCGUCGGGGGAUGUCAGGGUAUACAACUGCUAUACUCUGUGGGCAGAUGAAACUGUACGAAACUAACUCGAUGCGCUCUCUGGUUUCCUAUUCGUUUACUGCGUCGGUCGAUUGUUGCAUGGCUUGACUUCUGUUUUUUUAAUCCUUUACAGGGUAUGUUGAUUCACGGCCUUUCCCCGCCUUCGAUGACCUCUGCGAUCAAGCAAUCUUAACGCGUUGGGAGAUAUACAUUAUCAAGUCUUUUGGUCUCACCAAUCCGCCCAAUCUGUAUCGUGCGUGUUCUUUUGAUCUGGCCCUGGGUGUUACUCUGGCGACUUCAUUCCAGGAGUGCGUUCUUCCGCACGAGAGCUACCCCAUUGAUGCUUAUGAAUUCCUCCCCUUUUCUCAGCUGUUUUCGCGUGAUGGCUAGCACUGCUUUCUACAAGUGUUGGUCGUUUUUGUUGUCGUGUUUUGCGAUGCUAACUUUCGUUGGGGUUUUCCUUUUUGAACGUACUCUUGUCGGGUCUUUGUUUGUGCUUUUUAGAUGUGGUUGGUCGCCUCCAUUCCAUAAGCGGGAUAUCACACAAAGUUACAAACUAUGGUCCCACGGUUAAACAGACUGUUGUGCUGGAGGAUGAAAGGUGCCUUGCCUUCUUCUUUUUUACUUUGGUUGGUCGUUCUGCCUCUAAUUUGUUGUGGUUGUUACGCGCAGUGGCGAGACGGCUAUAAUAACUCUGUGGGAUGAGUUCUCGGGAAUUCUCGAUCAUGUUGCUUUGACUCAUGCAGAUGCAAUAGUAUUGGUUGUUUUGGCAUUUGGAGGUCUGCUGGUGAAUCGAUUGGGUGGUAAGAGUGCUUUCCUUUCCUGUUCUCAUCCAAUUUUGUUUAGACUUUGGGGGUUUAUUAGUUCAUGUUUGUGUGCAGAAUCUUAUGUGUUGUCAAGUUUGGCAGCUACCCGGGUGGCUGUCAACCCUCCUGUGCCAAUGGCCUACCAUCUUGCAUCCAGGUUUGCAGACAUUCGGAAAGUCGUUGCCUCUCUGCCUGUUGAGUUUGCGACGGCUGGUGAUGCUGCAACAGAUAGAGAUCAACGCAAGAAGACCCUCCAUCAGCUUAUCGAACUUUCCCACACGAAUGCUUCUGUGGAAGAGAAACACCGCUGUGGUGGAGUUGUGGUGGACAUUGAAUCACACGUCCCUUGGUACUAUAAUUCGUGUAGGCUUUGCUCAAGGGCUGCUUCAAGGCGUCGCGACAACACAUUCUGGUGUUCCAAGGAUUGGCAGCUUCAGGAGGAUCAAACACGUGUUUGUUUUAAGAUCCAGCUAACCCUCAGGGAUGCAACUUCAGAUGCCCGUUUCAUUCUCAUGGGUGGGUGUGGCCAUGCAUUGGUCAACGUUUCGGCAGGGUUAACUGCUGCUGCGAAAGGUAAGGCGAAGGUUGGGGAGCCUCUUCUUUAUGAGACCACAAGGAGAGAGUUUCGCAUUGGGACCAUCAUGAAACCCCUGACAGUUUGUUGCCAGCUGGUGUACAUAAUAAUCCUCACUUGAUUACUAGGACUCAUGUUUUGCCUUUUGUGCUUCGUGCUGAUUUGGUUGCGGGAUCACAGCAGGGUGAAUUGGUUGUUCCUUUGGGGAGUGAAUCUGCUACUAAUGUGUCGAACCUUGCUCUGCCCAAGUUCGAAACCUCGGUCACUCCAAAAAAAUCAACAGUCAUUGAUGAGGCUCUAGCUCCAAAGGAUGUCCAGCCUGAUUCUCAUGUUGGUGGUGUGAAGAUCAUGAAAACGAGUUCGGAUUCCUCUCAUGGGAAGCUUCUUGCUUCUGCCUCUCCUACACCAUCACUUUAAGUCACAUCCAUGCGCGUGUUGCUCUUCUCAGUUUGUCCAUUUACUGAGUUUUGCUUUCUCUGUGAACUUCAACAGGUUGUUGUCCCCAUUGGCAAAGAUAAAAGUUGAAAAGUUGAAUGCAUCUGACUUUACAUCCCCAAAGAGUGUUGGAUCAGCAGCCUCUUUUCACAUUGGGAGUGAAUCGAGUUCGCCUGGUGAUAAGAAGGAACCAUCUGCCAAGCGCAGCUUAUUCCAGGGAUGAAUGCCAUGGUGGAGGCCAUUUAGGAUUUUGGUGCUUUCUGGGUAAUGCCUAACAUGAUUGCUGCAUGGUUUGUUGUUGUUCUUUGAUAGAAUCCUCCAUUUUUAAGUGCCAUGUCCGUGUUUUCAUUGAGUUUUAACUGUGUAAGUUUUCUUAUGUUCCUCUGCGUUGUAGGGGUACAUCACAUUGCUUUGCUCACAGGAAGGUUGAUUUUGUUAGGGACGUUUGUGUUUGUUUUAAUGGUGUUCUGGAUGUUGACUGGGAGUGGUUUUGCUUGGCCUGCUGAUUGUUCACAAGGUGUUGCACGUUGCUAUCCAAUUGUGCAGUGGUCUCACUGGUUGUUUGGGAGGUCCCUCUUUUGAAUUUGUCAAUGUUUGUUGCCCCAUGAAUUUGUCUAAUGUCUUCCUGUGAGAUUUAAACAAUGCAACUUCGGUUUCUUUUAAGUAGGUGGUGCUUAUGUGCAUGCCUUUUGUUGUGGAUGGGUUGUAUGCGAACGAUCUGGCUUUAUGUAAAUUAUGUCAGUUGGGUCCAUGUUCGCAUGUAAUUUUCAAGUCUAAUAUAAGAAAUUACUUUCGUUAUAGACUUAUAGCAUUUCCAUAAACUAUUAUUUGUUGAUCGAUCAAGCGAGUGUGUGCUUGGUUUUAGUGUGUGAGUUUCUCUAAGUUCGUUGGAUUGUAUUAGUACCAUUGAACACAGUUACUCUUAUCGUUGUGCCUUCCUUGCUGUAUUUUAGUUCUUAAUGUUACAAAUACAAAUGCUUGAUGGUC